CACACAUGUACGCACCAGUGGUACGCACUCCAUCCACUUUUACGGAGACAAGGCUCCCUUUCGUUUGUACUAACGUUAGUGUCUGCAGCGCAAUUAUUUGUGUCGUGGUUUGCAACUUUGCCAUGAAGUUAGCUUUAGUGCUGUGCAUUAUUGCGGCUGUCACGGGCUCGCCAUCUGUAUCGAGGGAUGUCGCUCCCGGCGAAUUGGGAAGGGUGAAGCUAUACCGCAUUCAGAGUGUGAGAAAUCACCUUCGAGAAGUUGGCACUCAAGUGGAACUGCAGCAUGAGAAAUGGAGUGCUACUGGACCAACACCAGAACCACUAUCCAAUUACCUUGAUGCCCAGUAUUAUGGACCCAUCAGCAUUGGCACUCCACCACAGCCUUUCCGAGUUGUGUUUGACACUGGAUCAUCCAACCUAUGGGUGCCUUCCAAGAAGUGUCACUUCACUGACAUCGCAUGCUUGCUUCAUCACAAGUAUGACAGCUCCAAGUCCAGCACAUACAUGCAGAAUGGAACAGAAUUUGAGAUCAGAUAUGGAACUGGGAGUCUGACAGGCUUCUUGUCCACUGAUACCGUUACUAUUGGUGAUGUUGAAGUGAAAGGCCAAACAUUCGCAGAAGCUGUGAGCCAGCCAGGUUUGACUUUUGUUGCUGCCAAAUUUGAUGGCAUCCUUGGAAUGGGAUACCCAACAAUAUCUGUUGAUAAGGUCACAACAGUGUUUGAGAACUUAGUUCAACAACAUCUCAUUCAGAAUCCUGUAUUCUCCUUUUACCUCAAUCGUGACCCUUCAGCUGCUGAAGGUGGAGAACUGAUUCUAGGAGGUUCUGACCCAAAAUACUACAAGGGGCCAUUUACCUAUGUUCCUGUCACACGUGAGGGAUAUUGGCAGUUCCAGAUGGAUAAAGUGAAACUGGGUGAUAGUGCUGUAUACUGCUCAGAGGGAUGCCAGGCUAUUGCCGACACAGGCACGUCCCUCAUGGCUGGCCCCAGCAAGGAAAUCAAUGCCCUUAAUCAAAAGAUCGGUGGACACCCUAUCAUUGGAGGAGAAUACAUGGUUGAUUGCUCUUUGAUUCCUCAACUCCCUCCCAUCCAUUUUAUUUUUGCUGGAAGAAACUUCACAUUGGAGGGCAAGGACUACAUCCUCCGAGUAUCACAGCUUGGCCACACCAUUUGUCUCUCGGGUUUCAUUGGGCUUGAUGUCCCCCCACCAAUGGGUCCACUGUGGAUCCUUGGUGAUGUUUUUAUUGGGAAGUUCUACACCGAGUUUGAUAUGGGCAACAAUCAAAUUGGUUUUGCUGAGGCUGUGUAGAACUGCUGAUAUCUUCUUUUGGGCAUUGUUAUUUUUAAUCUUUGGUUCAUAUUCUUCAUGUUGAUUGUGAAUUGAUCCUGCUCCCACCAGGGCUGGAUUAAAAGGUUUCUGGCAUUCCUAGGCAGGACAUGUUUUUCCCCCCACCUUCACCUCUUAGCACUUUUUGCAGUCUGUCAGUCAAGACAAGCAACUGACAGACUGCAAGAUCUUCUGGCUGCCCACCAUAAUACUAUAAUAUAGUAUUGGGUUUAGAUUAGGCAGCUCGACGACAGGACACACCCUAGCUUGGGAAGCCAAGGGAACUGGCAUUGAAAUAUUGAAUUUUUGCAUAAAUUUGUUUUUGUCAUGCAGUAGCUGGUUGCCCCUAGUUUCCCUAUAAAUCUUGACCUGCCCUUUUCUGAUUUACUUUUGUUUUUUUUAAUGAAAUCUCCAUUGCAAGUAGGUUCUAACUGACCCAACUUUGCUCUGCCAGCAUGGCCUCUUUAAUGAUAACUCAUAAAUUUGGAGGUAUCACUUGCUGAUCAAGACCUCAAAGUCCUACCAGACUGACCACCAUUCACUGACUAUUCAUACACCUGUCAAGCAUCAAGAGUUCAGUCAUGAAUAUUUCCACCCCCCAGGUUCCACUUGCCUCUGUCUGGCAGAGGAGAUAAUGGAGAAGUCCCCCUCUCCCUGGCAGGAGAGGAAGGCAGAUGACGUUUAAUGAUCUCUUUCAGGAUUAACUUAUUCUGGUCUACUGUCAUGGGAGUCUGAUUGACUGACAGACAUUCAAUUUUUCUUUGGUGGGUCCUAUGUUGGACCUCCCCUGACCCUAAGUUAUGCUAGUCCAGAAGUGUCACAUGGUACAUGGUGAGAGUGCUCAUAGAGGAAGUAUUUAAAUUAGAUUUGGCUGGGAAUAAAAUUGUCAGGAAAUAUGUGCCAGAAUGUGAUUAAAUGUGCUGUAAGGUCGGACCAGAAAGUCCGAGCAUAUAUGCAUUUCAGACAAAAAAUUACCCUCUAAUUGGUUUGGAAACUAUUAUCAUAUCCUACAAGGCUGUGAUGUUUUUCAUGAUUAUGAAUGAUGAAUCAAUUUAAAAUGUGUUCUGAUUUCUGAAGUGAAAAAAUUAUUCACUGUUACUCAGUAGUGUGCCAAGAACUUGGAUUGUGAUGGACUAGCCUAGGUAUGAGGAGCAAUAAAUUCUUCCCUUACAUUGAAACAAAAGCUGGCAUGGGUGUUUAUUCUCCUGAUACAUAGAUCCUGCAUGAAUGAAGCAAUAGAAAAAAAACUCUUGAAACAUAAAUAACAGCAUAAGGAGCUCAAUGUACCAUCUUAGACUGCCUCCUGCUGAUGUCUGUACUUUUGGCAUUAGUAACUCAUUCUGAAGCCACAGGUUUUUGCAGUGGGAAGUAAGGGAGCAAUGCACUCCUCACAGUUUCAAGGCUUUUGCAGCAUCUCUUGUUUCCUUCUUCCGUUGGUGUUUCACUUUUGCCACAUAGCCUUCUACUAACAUGCGUAUCUUCAUGGGAUUGAUUUCACCGGACUUGUUGUGGCAAAUCUGCAAGACGAAUUUAUUAAAAUUGCAUGAAUAACUUUCUCAGACCCAGAAAGAAUAAAAGCCAUAGAUUUGACAUGUGUGUAAGUCACUUAUGUCUUAAAAGGACAAUGCUAUCCCACUGACAAGCAGAAAAUGGGACAGAGUCCAUACUAAACUAACCUUUGGGACACAUUUUCGCAAUACUUCUUUAUACAUUUCUUUGUCCACCUCUCGUCUUGUGUAGAAGGGCUUCAGGACCACCUUCACUUCUUCAACUACCCGCUCU